AUGCAGGAAUAUAUUGACCUUGGUCACAUGGUGCACGUCCUAGAUGACCAUGAACCCGGGUAUUACAUGCCUCACCAUCCAGUGAUUAAGGCUUCCAGCACCACUACCAAGGUGCGCGUCGUGUUUGACGCUUCUGCCAAAUCCGAGAAGGGUAUCUCCCUGAACGACGUCUUGUUGACCGGACCCACUAUCCAAGACAACCUCUUCACUAUUCUCCUACGUUUCCGUGUUUACGUCUAUGCUAUGACCUCAGAUAUUGAGCAGAUGUAUCGCCAAAUCUGUGUUCACUCUGAUCAUCACAAAUUCCAACGAAUCCUCUACUAUCAUAACAACACUAUCAGCACUUACGAACUCCGUCGAGUUACCUUCGGUGUCUCUGCUGCACCAUUUCUAGCGACACGUACAGUGAAUCGACUUGCUGACGAUGAAGCUCACAAUUUUCCGAAGGCUUCUCAAGUCUUGAAACGAGACUGUUAUGUCGACAAUCUGUUAACUGGAGCCAACUCCUUGACUGAAAUCCUCCAAUUGCGUGAUGAGAUCAUUCAACUCGUAAGAAAGGGAGGUUUCGAGCUUAGACAAUGGGCGUCCAAUCAUCAACAUGCCCUUGACAACCUUGACGAAAGAACCCUGGACUUGGAUGGUGCAAUCAAUAACGAUCCAGUCUCGAAAACUCUUGGCAUUGCGUGGAAUUCACUUACCGAUAGCUUCAUCUACACUGUCAGUCCAAUUGAUGCCUCUCGAAAAAUAACUAAACGAACAAUUCUCUCCGAUAUCGCGAAAAUCUUCGAUCCCAUUGGUCUGCUGGGUCCGGUGGUACUAGCUGCAAAAACCAUCAUCCAACAGUGUUGGAAAUCUAAGGUCCAUUGGGACGAGGCAGUGCCACAAGAACUGCACACUCGCUGGCUCAAAUUUGCGGAACAGCUACCAUCCAUCAGGGACUUUUCUAUCGAGCGCAAUCUCAUACUUCCUAAUCCAACUGAGAUUGAGCUACACGGCUUCUGUGACGCAAGCCAGGUUGGCUAUGGUGCUUGUCUAUAUGUAAGAUCAACGAACCAACAGGGACAAAUGAUUGUCCGGUUGGCGUGCUCAAAAACGAGAGUCGCCCCAAUCAAGGAUAUGACUAUUCCGAAGCUAGAACUGUGUGGUGCACAGCUACUCUCACGCUUGUAUCGAGACGCACUACCGGCCUUUGAUUUCCCUAUAUCGCAAACUAUCUUCUGGUCUGACUCUACUAUUGUCCUCCAAUGGCUCAAAAGAUCGCCCGAGUCUCUCAAGGUCUUUGAAGCCAAUCGCGUCACAGAAAUCCAGUCUCUUGGAGACAAAAUCGAACGGAGACAUGUCCGUACCAAGGACAAUCCGGCUGAUUGCUUAUCCAGAGGUCAACUCCCCUCUGAGUUCCUGGCCAAUCAAAUGUGGUUCGAGGGCCCUUCAUGGCUCACACAAAACCAUGAUAAGUGGCCCACUCCCAUUCAAUUGACCCCAUCGGAACUUCCCGGUGUUAGGAAAAACAUCUGUUUGUCAUCCACCACCUCGGAUAUCUCUCAACGUUUUUCUUCUUACUCAACUCUCGUGAAUUCUCUCGCUUAUUGUCUGCGCAUGCGCAACUCCAGUGAAUUUAAACACAAACUCUUGAGCGUGGAGGAGAGAGCGUUGACUGAACUGAGAAUCCUAACUCUGAUUCAAAAUGAACAAUUCCACGACGAAAUUGAACAGAUCAAGGAAACUGGCGAGACGAAAAACCUACGACUUCGAUGUCUCAAUACAUUUCUCGACCAACAGGGUCUGCUUCGAGUUGGCGGACGUCUGAAACACGCACCUAUCUCUUUCACCAAAAAACACCCGAUUCUGUUGCCUUCUCAUCAUCAUGUCACUGAUAUAAUCAUUCGUGAGACUCAUAAGAAUGCAUUCCAUUCCGGUAUCCAGAGCACACUCUCAAAUCUUCGACACCGAUUCUGGCUGCUAGAUAGAAAGGGUGAUCCUAACGAUCCUAUUGCUCUGACACCUGCCUAUAUCUUGAUAGGGCGUCCUCUCACCAUGCUACCUGAAGAUGAUUUUUCUGAUGUCCCAGAUAACCGACUCAGCGUGUGGCAAUUCAUUACCAAGGCCAGACAGGACUUUUGGAAGCGCUGGUACUUGGAGUAUCUCCACGAGCUCCAAAUCCGCCAGAAAUGGCAUUCUUCCCAGGGUGAACUCACAACCAACCAGAUAGUACUACUCAUGGACAAAAACCAACCAUGUAUGUGGUGGCAAUUGGGGGUGGUGGUCGAAACCCAUCCAGGGGAUGAUGGAGUGGUACGAGUCGCCACUGUCAGAACAGCACAAGGGUUGUUCAAACAAAACGUCACUAUGUUGUGUCCUUUACCAAUUAAUUCUUGA